AUGAGGGGGUGCACUUCUCUCAACGCAAAAAAUGCAAGAAAAGGAAAGAAAAGAGCAGAUUCUCUUUGCGGACAGGUAGACAGCCAACUGGACAUUUGCCGUACGAUUCUUUCAUCUUCAAGGGUGUCUCUUAUAGGUGUACAUUUAUGUCACGGACUUUCUUACCCAAUAAGUUCACAAGGCAAAUCUUAUUUUGACAAGCAUUAUUCAAAAGAACAUCCACUAAUCCCUCAUGGAUUGUCUGUUGUUUGUACAGCGCCUGCCGAUUUUUUAUUUACAACAUGUGCAGAUCCUAAAAGACAUUUGGAAGCAAGUCAAUUGUUGGGAUCUGAUUUGCCGAAUACAGCAAGUCCUGAUACAAUCGCAAACGUUUUGGCCGAUCAAUUACGUUCGUUUAUGUCAGAUUUUGGAUGUCCAAACGGUUUAAAACAAAUGGGUUUUGAUAGAAGCAAUGUAAAUAAAUUGGCAGAAGCAGCACUGAAUUCAUUCCGUUCAAAUCCAAUUUCACCAAGAGAAAUUGAUUUUGAUUCGGUUUCUGAUAUUUAUGAGAAGUCAAUAAAUGUAUAUUAG